AUUUUUUAUAAUUGAUGUAUUCGAUAUGGCGAUAUUAAAAUUUAGAAAAUUUGAUAUAUCGAAAUACGAUAUGAUUUCAAAAAUUAACAAUCCUACUUUCUGAGGUUGAAAAUUGAAUGGUCCUCAUCACAGCGGUCGACGGCAGCUUAUUUUAAUUGGUUGCGGGUAAUUCACCUAUAAAAAUAUUAUUGAAAAAACAUAUAUAUCGAUAUAUAAAUCGGUCAGCUGUUUGUUAGUUUGGUAGAAAAGAAAAAUAAGCACUUUUCCAACAAAUUUUCCGAAUGGGCGACUCCAACAAAGAAGACAUUCUGCACCUGCCGAACGGCGAUGCUCUGACCGGAGAUGAGGUUAAGUCGCCGUUUUUGAUUGGCGUGGCAGGAGGCACGGCCAGCGGCAAGUCUACCGUGUGCAAGAAGAUCAUGGAGCAACUUGGGCAGGCCGAAAUGGACCAUACACAGCGCCAGGUGGUGGCUAUCAGCCAGGACAGCUUCUAUCGCGAGCUGACAGCCGCCGAGAAGGCCAAGGCACAGAAGGGCCUGUUCAACUUUGACCAUCCGGACGCCUUCAACGAAGAGCUGAUGUUCGAUACACUUCAGGGCAUCCUCAAGGGUCACAAGGUGAAGAUACCCGGCUAUGACUACCGCACCAAUUCUCUGGACUUUGAGAACAUGCUCGUUAUUUAUCCGGCGGAUGUGGUGCUCUUUGAGGGCAUACUGGUGUUCUACUUUCCCAAGAUUCGGGACCUCUUCCACAUGAAACUGUUCGUGGACACCGACUCUGACACCAGACUGGCACGACGCGUGCCACGUGAUAUCAAUGAGCGUGGCAGGGACCUGGACGCUGUGCUCACCCAGUACAUGACCUUUGUGAAGCCCGCCUUCGAGGAGUUCUGCUCGCCCACGAAAAAGUUUGCUGACGUUAUAAUACCGCGCGGUGCCGACAACACAGUUGCCAUUGAUCUCAUUGUACACCAUAUCGGGGAGAUACUCGCCAACACCAACAGCGCACAGCACAGCCACACAAUCAGAGCUGCGCCGUCCAGCAUGAAGAGAGAUCACUAAAGUGCAUAAGCCUAAGCCUAACCGACCACCAACCCCAGACCCCCAAGGCCCAGACUAUGGCGCGCCGUGUCCUCUAAGCUUAUAAGCUAAUUGCCAAAAUUAAGAAUCGCAGAAAAAAACCAAACUAACAGAGAUAAACAAAGAACCUCCUUCUCUAUACCUUAAGCGCGGGCAUCGCUCCUCAUUUCGCUCCUUAUAAUCCACUAAUGUAGCCCUAAGAUUGAAAAGUUCUAUAUCUUUAGCUAUAAUCUACUCUACUAUUAUUAUUACAAUAUUGAAAUACACAUGGUAGUGUAAGCUCGUUUUUGUUCCCAUAACGAUAACAUAACAUAACCCAAUGAUUUCGUUUCCAGUCUAACUCUGGCCUAAGUUAUAGAAGAAUUGUUACAGUGAUAAUAUUUCACAAAACUGGGUCUAACCUAAAUGCUCCUUUGCUCUGACUUUUUGUAAGGUUCCGUUCCUAAGCACUCAACUCUCACCCGAAAAUCACACACAUGUCACAAAUCUAACUACUGUACUAUUCAUAUUUAUAUAUACCCGAUACUUGUAGAUCAAUAAUUUGCUUGCAACUCGAAUAUAUAUAUAUAUAUAUAUAUAUAUAUAUAUAUGGGUCUGUUUAUCUUUUAAAGCACUGACUCACGUUCUCAAAUAUAUUCGUAACAAUUUUCGAAAUGUUCCAUGAUUCUUUCCCACGUAUAACUAGAGGCUAUCAAAUACCAAGAUAUCACAUCAGGAACAGAUUCCGUUUCAAUUUUCGUUCGAUGCUUGAUAGACCGCGCUGCCUACACGGCUUUGUAUUGUCCUGGGUAGCUGAGUCGAUCCCAGAAUCCAACAAGAAUAUACACAGUAUUUGACAAGUUGGCGACGGGCACAUGUCGGUCCCUAGAAUCCAACGACUAUACAAUUUUGUUGUAUUCCAGAAUAUUCCAGAAAUGUUGAAGAAAACCCCUUUUAAUAACACAGAAACUUUGUUGCAGCCACGGUGAUUUUUUCCACUUGUUGGCUCAAUUUGAUUGAAAUUUAUCAAUAUCAGUUAUCCAUGUUGGCGAUUUCUGAUUUUUUUAUAGAGCAACCGUGGUUGCAGCUAUUAAAUAUCCUAGGAGUUAUAUUAACAAUGAGGAUAUCUGUUCCUCUAUUUUUGAUUAGCGCUCACUAAAUCAAGUAGAGGGUACACCACACAGUCGGAACACCCGACUAUAGCGUUCACUAAUUGUUGCUACUGAUAAAGCUAGACGUAAAAAAAUCUAAAUAUACAUAAAAGACGAAUUGGAUAAAUAAAUGUUUUGUUUAUUAA